AUCUCGCGGCGCGCCAUGCGCCGCUAAUGUAUGGCGGAGGGCCUCUCAAGUGCGACCGGGCGCCUCAAAUUUGAGACAAGGAUCUGCCUGUGUGAAGCGGAGCGCCGCUGCGGUGCUGCGAGCCUCAGCCGGUGUGUAGCAUGGCGGAGGCCGUGGCCGAGGUGGGCCGGUUCAAAGCCAACUAUGCCAUCGAGCGCAAGAUCGAGCCUUUCUACAAGGGCGGGAAAGUGCAGCUGGACCACACCGGGAAGCACCUCUUCUGUGUCUGCGGCACCAGAGUCAACAUCCUGGACGUGGCCUCGGGGUCUGUGCUGCAGAGCCUGGAGCAGGAAGACCAGGAAGACAUAACUGCCUUUGACCUCAGCCCAGAUGACCAGGUGCUGGUGACAGCUAGCCGGGCUCUGCUGCUAGCGCAAUGGGCCUGGCGGGAGGGCAGUGUCACCCGUCUGUGGAAGGCGGUACACACGGCCCCCGUGGCCGCCAUGGCCUUCGACCCCACCUCCACACUGCUGGCCACAGGUGGCUGUGAUGGGGGUGUGCGUGUCUGGGAUACAGUGCGACACUAUGGGACACACCACUUCCGGGGCUCUCCUGGCGUCGUACAUUUGGUGUCCUUCCACCCGGACCCCUCACGCCUGCUGCUCUUCUCCUCGGCCAUCGACGCCGCCAUACGGGUGUGGACACUGCAGGACCGCUCGUGCUUGGCUGUGCUGUCCUCACACUACAGCGCUGUCACCUCCCUGUCCUUCAGUGCCGACGGCCACACCAUGCUCAGCUCGGGCCGUGACAAGAUCUGCGUCGUCUGGGACCUGCGGAGCCACCAAGCCACAAAGACUGUGCCUGUGUUUGAGAGUGUGGAGGCCGCUGUGCUGCUGCCUGAGGAGCCAGCCCCAGAGCUGGGUGUGAAGUCUCAGGGUCUGCACUUCCUGACAGCUGGAGACCUAGGCGCACUGCGUGUAUGGGAGGUGGACUCAGGACAGUGCGUGUAUAAGCAGCAGCGGCCACCAGGCCCCGGGCGGGAGCUGACCCACUGUGCCCUGGCCCCCGCCGCCGGCCUGGUGCUCAGCGUGACUGCUGACCACAACUUGCUGCUCUACGAGGCCCGCUCCCUGCAGCUGCAGAAACAGUUUGCCGGCUACAGUGAAGAGGUGCUGGAUGUCCGGUUCCUGGGCCCUGAGGACUCCCACGUGGUGGUGGCCUCCAACAGCCCCUGCCUAAAAGUGUUUGAACUACAGACGUCUUCCUGUCAGAUCCUCCAUGGCCACACAGAUAUCAUCUUGGCCCUGGACGUCUUCCGGAAGGGGUGGCUCUUUGCCAGCUGUGCCAAGGACCAGAGCAUCCGAGUGUGGAGGAUGAACAAGGCCGGCCAGGUGGCCUGUGUGGCUCAGGGCACUGGGCACACACAUGGCGUGGGUGCCAUCUGCUGCUCCAGGUUGAAGGAGUCCUUCCUGGUGACGGGCAGCCAAGACUGCACCGUGAAGCUGUGGCCCAUCCCCCAGGCCCUGACAGCCACAAGCACAGCCCCAGAUGGUGGCCCUGUUCUCCUCCACGCUCAGGCCACACAGCGCUGCCAUGAUAAGGACAUCAACAGUGUAGCCGUUGCCCCCAACGACAAGCUGCUGGCCACAGGCUCCCAGGACCGCACUGCCAAGCUCUGGGCCUUGCCCCAGCUCCAGCUGCUGGGCGUCUUUUCAGGCCACCGGCGGGGCCUCUGGUGUGUCCAGUUCUCACCCAUGGACCAGGUACUGGCCACGGCCUCAGCCGACGGGACUGUCAAACUCUGGGCAUUGCAGGACUUCAGCUGCCUCAAGACCUUCGAGGGGCACGACGCCUCAGUGCUGAAAGUGACCUUUGUGAGCCGGGGCACACAGCUGCUGUCCAGUGGCUCCGAUGGGCUGGUGAAGCUCUGGACUGUCAAGAGCAACGAGUGCGUGCGCACGCUAGAUGCCCACGAGGACAAGGUCUGGGGGCUGCACUGCAGCCGGCUGGAUGACCGGGCGCUCACCGGUGCCAGCGACUCCCGUGUGCUGCUCUGGAAGGACGUGACGGAGGUGGAGCAGGCCGAGGAGCAGGCCAAGCGUGAGGAGCAGGUGGUCAAGCAGCAAGAGCUGGACAACCUCCUUCACGAGAAGCAGUACCUGCGGGCGUUGGGCCUGGCCAUCUCCCUGGACCGGCCCCACACCGUGCUGACCGUCGUCCAGGCCAUCCGAAGGGACCCUGAGGCCUGCCAGAAGCUGGAAGCCACGGUGCUCCGACUGCGGCGGGACCAGAAAGAGGCCCUGCUCCGCUUCUGUGUCACCUGGAACACCAAUUCUCGGCACUGCCACGAGGCGCAGGCGGUGCUGGGUGUGCUGCUGCGGCACGAGGCCCCCGAGGAGCUGCUGGCCUAUGAGGGUGUGCGGGCCUCGCUCGAGGCGCUGCUGCCCUACACCGAGCGGCACUUCCAGCGGCUCAGCCGGACGCUGCAGACAGCCACCUUCCUGGACUUCCUGUGGCAGAACAUGAAGCUGCCCACCCUCCCCACCAGUGCCCCCAUGCCCUGAGACACACAGAAAGCCCUUCUCCUACCCAGUUGGCCCCGUGUCUUUUGUCCUGCCUACCCAGGCCUCCACACCUCGCUGGCAUCUGGCUAAUCCCCGUGCUUCCGUGGGUUUGGGUCAAAGAAUUUUUUUUUUUUUUUUUUUUUUUUUUUUUUACUGGUGCACUGCUCAGCUAUGGCUGAGCCGCCAGAAGUGCCGGGGGAUCGAACCUGAGACCUGGGAGCCUCAGGCAUGAUAAAAUUUUAUUUAUUUACAAAAAAAUAAUCAUAGUAGGGAGUUGGGCAGUAGCGAAAACAAGGGCAACAAAAGGGUAAAUAAAUUAAAUAAAAUAAUAUUUCAUUGAAA